UGUUGCAUAGACAGAUGAUGAAAAAAUGAAACUAUGACUUAAUUUCAAAACUUCAAUUCAAACUAAAGUUAGAGACCCAAAUAGUUUGUUAGCAAUGGGUCGACGAGGUAGUUUAACAUUAAGUCCACCCGUGAUUUUUGCUAUCGACGAUGAUCGUAUCGAAGUCCUCUCCAAUCCUGACAAUCACUCGCUAAAGAGAUUCGAGGAUCACCAAGAGACCUUCAAGGUCUAUCAUCGGCGUUGGUACAUCCUCCUGAUUUAUUCGGUGUUUUGCAUGCACCAGUGCUUAAUUUGGAACACCUUUGGUCCGAUAACAUUUGCCAUGCAAUUUGCCUAUGAUUGGUCGGAUGCCACACUUGCAAUGAUGCCAAAUUGGGGUUGUAUAAUGUUCAUAGUGGCCCUAUUUCCUCUAACUUAUCUGCUGGAGAUCAAAGGGAUUCGACCAACCUUGAUGCUGGUGACAUUUUUUGUGGUACUGGGUUGCUGUCUCCGGACGUUCAGUCAAGAUGACACAAUAUUCUUGUACAUGGCCCAUUUGUGUGCCGUAUUCAAUGGAAUUUCUGGAGCUACUGUGAUGUCCACACCUCCUUUAGUGGCGUCCCUUUGGUUUCCAGAAAGUGAACGGAUUUUUGCGACUUCAGUGUCCCAGAGCUUCAACAUCUUGGGCAAUGGGAUUUCAUUCCUUAUUGGACCACUGAUUGUUCCUUUUGACGAGAGCUUUGACCCUGCCAAUCUAACGGAUGUGGAAGUGGAUGGUACAAUAAACAACACCAAGGACAACAUUCAGUACUACAUGAUUGGAAAUGCUGUGGUGGCUGGAUUGUUGUUGAUCUUAUUUUUGGUAUAUUUUCCCAACAAGCCCAAACAUCCACCCUGUCCAAGCAGCUCAGUGAUCCGGACCCAUUUCUUCAAAGGCAUCAAGGACAUGUGUCGAAACAGGCAGCUUUGGCUUUGUUGCCUCUGUUAUGCAAUCUCAAAUGGUGUCCAAGCAGCCUGGCAAGGUGUCAUGGCCCUUAAUUUUGCUCCCUUGGGUGUGAGUGAUAGCGAUAUUGGUCAGAUUGGAUUCAUUUCUGUGUUCUGCCAAUGUGCCAUGGCCAGCUUGGUUGCGUAUGGCCAAGACUACUUUCGGGAUCACAUCAAACCAUCUCUCAUUGUCCUCUUAACUUUAGCCACAAUUUGCUUCAUCUGGCUUGCGUUGCUGUGUUUUGAGGUUAUUCCUUUUAGCAUGUGGCAACUCUAUGCCGCCACUAUUUUGGCAGUCAGCUUUAAUUACAGCUGUGUCCCCCUUUUCUUUGAGUAUGCUGUUAUGAUGGCGCACCCUGUACCGGAAGGUUUGGUGGGAGCUUUUCUAACCGGUGCGCUAAACGUGGUUGCGUUGUUAUUCUUCCUCGUGUUCUUCAUCAAAGAUAUUGGAUAUGACUGGAUGAACUAUUCCUUGAUUGUUGGAUUGGUCAUCUCGUUGCCUAUGGUAGUCAUAACGAAGAAGCCAUUGGAUUUCACAAAAAAAGAUAGUAGAAACCCCGUCCACCAUGACAUGAUUGAAGCACACAUGUAGACAUACGCAAUUGACGUGGAUUAAAACAAGAAAAUUUAUGGGGUACCCGAUCCUCAUGAUACACAAAAGGCUUUACAUUCUGGACGUUGGAGACCGCUUUCUUAGUUUGUGUUAACGGCAUGGACUCUUGAAGAAUAUAGGUCGAUUCUUCCACAA